GACUUCGUUGGUCUGUCAUAUCUAUGUUGUAACAGCUUUUGUAGGAUAGCAUCAAGGCAGCAGUGUUUCACAGCUGAGAAAUCUGUGUCAGAUACACAAGCUCGCUUCUACCGUGGAUUUGUUGCCAUUGGCAGUCAAACAGUCACCGCCUCGUUUAUCCUUCUCUCCUGGCUUUUCCCCAAAAUCAGUGUACCAUGUCUGCAAUCGCAAUAUCCCAUGCCAUUUCAAGCCCAAACUCUUUGUGUGUUAGAAAAUUGAUGACAAGAACAAGACCCGGAAACGGUAUCCUGUUCAGCUCCAUAGACAGCAUACCCACUUGGAGAAGCUACCAUUCUUUGAGACCGCAGUCUCGCUUCUUCAGAAUCCCAUAUGGGUCCUCCAAGCGAAGCUCGGUUUUCACUGGCUCCAAGCCCCUUUCUCCCGUCAUGGAAUGGCAGGAUUGCACGGUUAAGAUGGAACUUGAUGUGCCUAUUUCAGUUGCCUAUAACUGUUACUCUGACCGUGAAGCCAUUCCCCGUUGGAUGCCAUUCAUUUCAUCUGUAAAGAUAUUGGAAGACAAGCCUGACCUAUCUCGAUGGUCACUGAAGUAUGAAGCAUUUGAUCGUGAUUUUGAAUUCUCUUGGCUUGCCCGAAAUAUGCAGCCUAUCCCAAAUCAGAAAAUCCAUUGGAGAUCUCUGGAAGGUCUUCCUAACAGAGGUGCUGUUCGAUUUUAUCCAAAAGGGCCUUCAUCAUGCAUUGUAGAACUGACAGUGUCAUAUGAAGUUCCUCAAAUUUUAGUUCCAGUGGCAUCGGCACUGCAACCUUUACUUCAACGCUUACUACGAAGUGGUUUGGAACGAUUUGCAACUUUUGUGAAAAGCUACUAGGCAGACUUUAACUAGCUGAUAGUACAAAGGGCAGGUAAACCUUAUGUGCGAUAGUUGUCACUGAUUCUUUCGACAUGGAAUGCGUAUUUUGGCCACAUCCAAUGGUAAUGCAUAAACUGUAAAGAAAUAAUUGGUACCAUGUAUUUUAGACAUCAUACAUAUAUUAAAAAUUACUUUGUUUCUC